AUGAACGAUACAUCAGAAAGCAAUUAUGAGAUGCUUCAAGCAUUGUAUGAUUACAAAGAUACUUCGUCAGAGAGAACACUAGAUUUCAAAAUGAAUGAUGAGUUUUUCAUUUACCGAGAUGUUGCUGAUAAAAAGAGUUGGUGUUUAGUUAUCAACCAUACUGGUGAUUUAGGAUACGUGCCAUAUAAUUAUGUUAAAACCAUUUAUGUAAAGGAUACUCAUGUGUUAAAAUUCCUAGAGAAUUGUCUUUUGGCAGUUCAAAAAAAACUUGAUGUGAAUGAUAAUUGUUCUGAUAAAUUUAAGCUAUAUGAAUCAUUACUGAGACGACAGAAAAAAUUUAAACAGAAAUCUUCCUUUAAUACGCUGGAUACGCCAGUACAGUGCAAAACCAUUGAUAAGGGUAAUCAAUCAGAAACAUAUGAGCAAACAUUGAAUGAAACUGGAAAUAGUUUAAGUGUUUCAAAAAAACCAAAGGAGAUAACUAUUCCAGAUAUUUAUGAAGUAGUGCAGCAAGUAAGAAAUCAUACAGGAUUGUCAUACAAUUUUUCUCAAAUAGCUGUUUCGGUUGUGAUUCAAUAUUUGUCUGAUCUAGUUGAUGAAUCAGCAAAGUCUAGUCUCAAUAGUGUACGCGAAAUUAUUGAUACUUUUCCUCCUACAAGUGCAACAUUACCAGUUGAAUGUUUGGAAAAUACUAAGGAUGGAAAAUGCAUGCAACAGUUAUUGGAAUACUUAACGGCUGCUAAAGAAGAUUCACAACAACGUUCAUGGCAAAUAUUUGAUGAUCAUGUUCAAAUUGAAGAAUGUUUAAUUGAGCUCACGAGCAUCUUGAAAAAUGCAGAUCCAAUGGUCAUAAAUCAUGUUUUAAAAAUCGACCAAUAUACAUCAAUUAACAAUUUGUUAGAAUAUUAUCAAAUGGAAUUACGAUGGGUGAUUCAAAAACAUUUGCUUAACAUAUUUUCAGAAUUAUGCAAACUCAAUUUUGUUGUUGUUGAUAUUAUAAUUAAUUCCAUACUGCCAAUGGAAUUAGCAAGAGAUAUGCAAAACAACAAAGAAGAUUUAAACAAGCAAGUCAUUCUUUCUGAAUUUCUAACACUCAUUUUAUCGGUUGGAGAGACUUUACCAAUUUCAUGCUUUGAAUAUAUGAAUGUGGACUUUGUUACCAAAAUACUAAGUGAUAUAGAGGACAAUGAACUGAAAUCUCCUGAUGAUGAAAAAAAGACUGAAUGCAUGAUCAACUUAUUGUUGUCUUAUAAUCUUCAGUUUCCCAAAAUUGAAUCAAACAUAACUUUAAAAGGGCUGGCCCAGAGAGACAAUGCUAAAGUACUUACUGAAAAUUUGCUGAUUUUACUUAAUACUGAAAAAGAUCCAGUACAAGUUUUAAAACUGAAGAAAAAACCUAAAAACUCUGUAGAAAAAAUGUUAAAUGACAUUCUUGCUGACUCAAAAACUGCUAAGUUGUUUUAUGUUAAUGAUAUAGAAGUUUUAGUUGAUAUUAUUAUACGUCAAUUAUUGAAUAUUCCAUCCGAUGAAAUGGCUCGUACUUCAUACUUGGAACUUUGUAAGAAUGUGAUUUUUAAUACGGAAUACUUAGACCGCAGACAUAAACUAUCAGAUUUAAAUAAUUGCCUUCAAGAAAUUCUUGUCGAUGAUAGUUCGUGCACAAAAGACCAAGAUGUUUGUAUUAUUAAGGAAAUUUAUUUAAAAUAUCCAGAAUUGUUCAAAUAA